GUUUCCUCCGCUAUCUCGCGCCUUUCCAUCUUGUUCCUCUCGAGAGCUCAGCGCCGUAGUUGUUGUUGUGGUAUGUAAUAAUGGCGGCAGCAGGAGGCGGAUUACCAGCCUCGGCUGUUGUAGCAACCAUAAUCACCUCCGCCACCGUUCGCUGCCGUUUCCCAGGUCGGCCAUGGACGUCUCGGAGCCUGUUGAGGACGGAGAAACGCUCUCAUAUCGGUCGGGUGAGGGCUGAAGAUAGAAAAGGGCCGAGGCCCGUCGACGUUGGAACUACGCUGCGAGAGGAUCCGUCACUGUCGCGCUUGCUCGGGCUGGCGGAGAAACACAGGCGCCAGCGCGAGGCGGGAUUCUGCACGAGCGGGAGCGAUGAGGAAGGAGACUUCACAGGCUUUAAAGUGGACGGUCAAUCGUCCUUGCGUUCUGGACAAGGUUCAUCAAAUAAAAAAUCAUCACUAUUGGAAAAACCUGAAUUGAAAGGCAGAAGGUUUUCCAGAACGGACCAAAAAUCUGUGAGGCCCAAAUUGGUUAUUAAAAUGGCAGCCAAAAAGAUGACCAAAAAAGAAACAACACAAACAAAAAGGCCAUCUGUGGAUCAAGAUGGACAUUUGAAACAGGGCAGCUCAAGUAAGAGAAAUGGCAGGGUACUCAGGAACCAGAGAGAUGGACCAUUGGCCUCCUUGCAGACUGAAAAUGAUGAAAAUGGGGUGGAUGUGGCAUGUAAAGAGGAGGAGAUCCCUGGAAGGUCACAGAGACGUGGUUCUAGUGCAGCACAGAGCCGGAGGAGGCAGGAAAAAUUAGUGUGGACUUUAACAAUGGUUAAAGGAAAAGAGCGAGCCUCCAGAGUAAAAGACACCAAAGACCAAAGAGCUUCAGCGGAAUAUGCUAAGACCCACAGGAACAGGGCAAAAGAAAUUGCUGGUAGUGAUCAGGCAGGCGCUGUAUCCUCAAAACCAGUGGGCAAACAGAGAAGGGGCAGAAGGACAGAAGCAAAUGAGGAGCCUCUUGAAUCUCUUGGUGGAGGCGAAGGAGCAUCUUUAAGCGACAGUUCAUUAAGUUCUUCCAAAAAGAAGCCUUUUGUAAGGCGACGAAAGCGUAUAUUUGGCCGUAGAAGGUUAGUGCAACAGGAAGUGCACAGCAAAAUACUUGACAGUCAAGAGCAGACCUCUAGCAUGCCUAAAAAGAGACAGCGACUUGGAUGUGCAGAUAAAUGCUCUUCACAUAUACUGAAACGGGUGGAGGGACAAGAACAGCCUCUUGGAGAGAUGGAGAGGUCCAAAUCUGCAGUCCAAGCUGAACAACCUAAACACUCCGCCAGACCAAUUGUUAGCGCUCGUUCUUCCCGCGUCAUCAAGAUCCCAAAGAGGUUCAUGGAUGACGAGCGCAUGUCUGCGCUCCCAGAACGAGGUUCCCCAAAGAAACCAGCUCUUUCUGAAAUCUCAAUGGAUCUCGGCAAACCGAAUACAGAUCUCCAAACCCUCGAUUCUGGAAGCAAACUGAAGGCUGCCCAACAACCGCUGACCCUAAACAAUGAUGAAAAGAGUAUUUCAGAAAAGGUGCAAUCUCAAGGAGUCAAGCCUAUUUUGAGUUCUUCAAGGCCUUCUGGUGGUCCUCGUGGGAGGGGUGGGAGGCUCGGCCAAUCCGCGGACCACUAUAAGAUAUACUGGAAGCUGAAGAAGCUCACGGCAUGCCUGGCAAAACGUAGGAUGCAGCGGAUUGCCAGUACUAGCUCCAGGCUAACGGAGGAAGGUGCUGAGGGAGGGACACAUGAUGUGCAGGAAAGGAAGUCUGAUCUCAAAUUGCAGGACAUGUAUUCUCCAGGGGUUGUGCCAAAAGUAGUCAUACGUGUUGGGGAACAUUCGGAUCAGACACCGUUGGCAUCUUUGGCGGAAGUACCUGCUAAGGAGAAUGUAGAGACAACUAACCUCGAGGGAACUACUGAAACGAGUGCACAAAAUACCCAGAUGAUGGUGGAGCAAGGUAGUAGCACACACAGGAUGAGUCUUUCGGGUGCCAAUAAGAGGAUGUUCCACCUGCUGAAGAGAGCCAGAGUCCAACUGAUUAAAAUUGACCAGCAGAAACAGCUCAAAUCAGCUCAGCUUCUGUCUGGCUCUGUGAGAGUAAGAGAUGGAUCAGCCGCGGUCACACAGAGAGGCAGAAAGAGGGGCAGGAGAGCAGUCUCAACUAACCCAGAGGGGGCUUCACAAGAGCAAUUGAUCGGUGGUCCACGGAUAAAGCAUGUAUGUCGAGCAGCAGCGGUGGCACUGGGACAGCCACGUGCCAUGGUUCCCGACGACAUUCCCAGGCUCAGCGCCCUUCCUCUGCAUGAGAGAGAGGGGAUCACUGCUUCACCUGCCGAAGAGGAUGUUGCAUCUCACUCAGAACCAGAGAGUGAAGAAUCUUUUGAGCCAAAGCCGACAUUUAGACGCAAGUAUGAAAGCGCUGCUUUUGGCUAUCGGCUAAAGCGCUGCUCGCGCUGCAAGGGCUGCAAUCGGCUGGAGGACUGCGGGAGGUGCGUGUUCUGUCUGGACAAGCCCAAAUUUGGAGGACCCAACAAGAAACGGCAGAGCUGUGUCUUAAAGAAGUGUUCGCUGAUUGAGCAGAACAAAUUGAGACGAUUUAACAAAGUCCAGAUGAAGCGGCGGCGGCCAUCAGCGGCCCAUGCCAUGAACAGCAGCGAAGAAGAAAACGAGGAGGAAGGGGGAGAUGAUGCAGGACAAGCCCAGUUCAGCCCCACCAGGAGGCAGCCCAGACGACAGGUCACUCCUCAGUCCUACAGAAAACUCCUGGGGUACGACUCCUCUGACACAGAGACGAAAAGUGUCAGCUCUGAGAAGACAAAGGCCAGCGGGACUCAAAAGACUCAAUCCAGUGAAAUGGCUACCUCUGUAACUGUUCCAGAAGAAGCAACAAAGCAGAAAAGGCAAGGACUUUACAGAGCGUUUUGGGCCCAACGCAGAAUUGACAAGAGUUCAGCAGAGCACACGCCUUCUAGUGUCCUGACUCCGCUGGCCAAUGGCUGCACCCAGAAGGGCAAGUUCUCACAGGGGACGAUGAACAAAAUUCGCGUGGACUUCAAGGAAGACUGUCACAUCCAGAAUGUGUGGUUGAUGGGAGGGUUGAGUAUUCUCACUUCAGUUCCCAUCAUGCCUCAGUCUGUGUGUCUGCUCUGUGCCAGCAAAGGCCAACAUGAUAUGAUCUACUGUCAGAUGUGCUGUGAGCCUUUUCACCGUUUCUGCCUGUCGCCAGACGACUGCCCCAAGGAGGAGAACAAGGAGAACUGGUGCUGCAGACGCUGCAAGUUCUGCCAUGUUUGUGGCCGCAAGAGCAAGCAAGCAAAGCCAGUUUUGCAGUGCAAGAGUUGCAUGUACUGCUACCAUCCAUCCUGUUUAGGACCCACAUAUCCCAAACCUGUAAAAAUGAACACCUCGUGGAUUUGUAUGCUGUGUAUCAGGUGUAAGAGCUGCGGUGUGACUCCUGGGAAGUCCUCCGACAUGUCCUGGAACCGUGAGCUGGAGCUCUGCCCUGACUGUAACAAACUCCAUAGCAAAGGGAACUUCUGCACUGUGUGUCUGAAGUGCUUCGAGGAACAUGAGUUUGACAGCAGCAUGAUGCAGUGUGCCCGAUGUGCCCACUGGGUUCAUCCCAAAUGUGAGGGGCUCACAGAUGAUCUGUAUGAGAUCCUCUGUCGUCUGCGGGGGAAGAGCCUGGUGUUUUCCUGUGCUCCCUGCAGUAAGAAAUUCCGCAGCGGAUGGCAAGACGUCGUGCAGGUAGUUUUGAGGAACGGUCUAGAGAAGAUCAUGGAUGGAUUGAGGAACCAUCCGACCAUCUGUCACCUCCUCAUGUGUGCACAGUGUGAGGCCUGUCCAGAUUUCGAGGUUGUAAAGGAACGGUCAGGCUGUUGUUUACAUCUUGUUGAGAAGAAGCUGGAGAAUGACCUGUACACUACACUGAAAGCAUUUCAUGAGGAUGUGGUGAUUGUGAUGGUGGAAAGGCUGAGAAAAGAAGAAUAUCUUCCAGUGGCGCAAAGGCCCACAUACCAUGCCAAGUUGUAUUAUAUAAAGCUAGUAGAACAAGUAUUUAGCUGGUUCAACAGUCAGGACCCCAAAACAUGGAACUCUCAUAUGAAAGAAUUUCCAAGUGGUAUGCUCUCAGAGGCUGUAAUUCCCCCCAGCGAUGAACACAGUUAUGCACAAUGGCUCAAACAGCAGGACCCAGAAAAAUCGCACUCAAAAUCUCAAGAUCUGCAGAAUGUGAACUCUCAGUCUUUCGUAGAUGAAAGACAGUGCUCCCUCUGCCAGCAACUUGGAGAUGCCAAACCGAAUGAUGCUGGUAGGCUGCUGUAUAUUGGACAGAAUGAAUGGGCUCAUGUAAACUGCUGCAUGUGGUCGGCGGAAGUGGAGGACGUCAAAGGAGCUUUGAUGCAUGUCCACAGUGCCGUUGCCAGAGGGCGCUUCAUGCGCUGUGAACGUUGUGGCCAAACAGGGGCGACUGUGGGCUGCUGUCUUACCUCAUGUCAGAGUAACUACCACUUCAUGUGUGCUCGUGCCAGCAACUGUGUCUUCCAGUGUGAUAAGAGAGUCUACUGUUACAAACACCGUGACCUCAUAGAUAACAAGAUUGAACAAGGCAAUGGGUUUGAAGUUCUCAGAAGGGUCUACGUAGAUUUUGAUGGAAUCAGUCUGCGUAGGAAGUUUCUAACAGGCUUGGAGCCAGAGUCUGUAAAUGUGAUGAUUGGCUCUUUACACAUUCAAAAACUUGGUGUUCUGACGGAGCUGUCUGCAGAUUCUGGAAAAUUGUAUCCAGUUGGUUACCAAUGUUCUAGAUGGUAUUGGAGCACUGUUGAUCCUCGCAGGCGAUGCCGGUACACUUGUAAAGUGACAGAAGUGCGACCUUCAACACGGUACAAACCGCCUAUUUCCCUGGUGGACCAGGGAGAAAAUCACACAAUUGUACACAGCCCAAAAGUUCACAAUGAUGAGGAUGGCACAGACAGCGAGUCAUUUUCACCUGAGCUUCCUCCCGUCACACCCUCCAAGACCAAACAAGACUCAGGGGUCGCAGGUAAGACUCCUGGGUAUCUACACAGCAGGAGACCAGCAGGAGGAAUGUCCAGACCAUUACCUUCCCCAGGAAAUGCUGUUUCCACAUCCCAUCACAUUUUGACCAUCAGUGACCUUGACGAGACACGACGUGCAACGAGGAGACUUUCCACACGUAGCCGAAAUGCCUCUCCUCCCCCUGUGGUACUUUCGGGCCCGAUGGCUCUGCGAUCAGGGGGCACGAUUCACCCUAGGUCGCUUUCAUUCAGCCCCCCUGUCUCACCACUUGGUGCAACCGAGAACCUCAUGAGCACCACUUCACCUCGACGAAGAGGGAGGCCUCCUUCAUUGUCUUCCUCUAGCAACACCUCAGGACCCUCUCCGCCACAAGCAGCUCUCCGAAGUCCCUCUUCGACCGUACCUUCAUCUGUCCGCCACUCCUCAAGACUUCAACAGCCUUUCAAAACCACAACGCAUAAAACUGACGAGGGGGUUCAGGAGUUCUUUGCCUUGUCAGAGCCAGAGGAGGCUGCAGGUGCCCCAAGCCACAGAAUUCCCACCACAUCUGACAGGUCAGAUCAAGAUCUGCUCUCUGCGCACUUUGAUCCGGACACAGAUGUGGCGGUGGCCUCAGUGUUGAAUGCAAAGCUUGAAUUUGAUGAGUCUUUGCUCAAUGAAAAUGUGGCUCUGGAUUGUGACCCUCAAGGUAGUGAGGCAGAUGUAGAAGAAGGAGCCUGCAAAUACAUCACUGGCAGGAAUGACCUGUCAUCCUCUGUGACUUCAGAGAUGCAGAUGGAAACAGAUGAUGAAGUUGCUGACCAUUAUCUAAAUUUCUCUCGCACAGUUGUGGUCCGUGAGCCUGCCAAAGACACUACACAGGCAGGUCUUGCUGUCCUUUCUAACUCAGGGUCCAUCUCACAGCUGGAUGGAGCUGACAAUGACUCGGAGAGCGAUACAGGUGAAGCCAACGCAGAUGAUGAUACUCAGGAAGUAGGGAGUAGUUUUUGUAGUCAGGAUACUGAGCCAUUAAAACACACUGGUCCAAACAAGGGCAGAACCCUUGACGACGGGCAGCUAGUUUGCACACAAACAUCAAUUGCAAAUCCAUGUACAGCAGAUUCUGUUGAUCAGAAUGCUCAGCCAGAGACUCAAAACAUCGACCAGGUUUGUGAAGAACAGGAAAUAGGUACUUUACAAGAGAGCGGAAAAUUGCUUGUUGACUGUAGCACUGACAUAUACAACCAAGAAGAAGCAUCCUUCACAGAAGGACUGAAAGCAACAACCCCCAUCCUUUACAAAGGCGGUGAUCUUGUGACAAGCCAAGAAGUAGUCUUGAUGGAAAAUGAAUCAACAGAGGGCUCGCAAGAAGUGUUCUUGGACCACACCAGUGGGAAUUUUAUAUCCGCUGUUGACGGCAGAGUUUUGGACUUGACAGAAAACGCUGCUGGUCCUGAGGGGGCAAGUGAUUCCUCACCAAUAAACAAGGAUGAAUCUGUUUUAAAGAGAGGUUUGUCACCUAUUGAGAAUUCGGCAGCAGCCAUGCCAGUGAGUGGUACUAGAACAAUUCGUGUUGUUGCAGCAGCUACGCCCACAAAAAGACGUUAUGUGACCAUACAACCUGGUUCCAAACCAAAAACUCUUCAGAUGGCAAUACCUCCUGCCACCUCUCUGCCACUCUCCAUGCCCGUAAGUGUUGUCUCGUCUUCUCCCACUAUUUCUGUUGCGCCGCAAGGAACUCUGCUUACUCAUGCCCCGGUUGUAUUAAAUGGUUUCGGAGCUCUGCCGAAGGAAGCCACAAAAGGUCGUACGAUUGCCAUACGCAUUGCCACUCCAAAACAAGUGACGGAGCAGUCUCUGCUCCAGUGUUUGCCCGGUACACCCACUACACCUCAGGUUCUUCUGGUCAACCGUGCUGGACAGAUUCUAGUGAAAAACCCGCAGACUAAUACCUACCAAAUGCCUAGUGCUAAUUCCCCCUCGUAUACCCAAAUCAGCCAGAUUGCAAAGAUAAUCCACAGUAGUAACGUUCUCCAGCGACCUGUCCCUAAGGUCACGGUGAUACCAGUGCCGCAGGUUCAGGCUAGUCUAGGUAAAACAACUCCAACGCGUAUCAUAUCUUACAGCAGUAGCAAUGGAGCAACACCGUCAACCCAGGUUCUUAUCAGGAGGAUUCCUCAGAGUUAUCCUGGAAGCCAAUUACACAGUAUCAGUCCACCAAUAGAAAGAGCUGACUUGAUUUCUGAAAGUGGGCAGAAGGAAAUGGCCCAGGCGAUAAUUGACAAAGCAAUGGCAAGUCACCGCGAAAUGGCAAGUCCCACUGGCGUGAACCCCUCUCAGCUCCACCUUGAUAAACGCCUCUCUCCUGAGUCGAAGGAAUCAUCAACUGGGAUUCGUCUUCGGACUCAACCCAACAUCUUGUCCCACUCCAGACCUCAAGUCAAGAUCAAGAGAGCGUCUUCAUUAACUAAUCGAAUUGGUGUGAAAAGAUGCAGGACUGACUUCUUGGAUCAAAUGGAUCCUUGUUUCCAGGAUGACCACAGCAGAUCAAUUCGGGUUAGAAUAAAGGCCCCUAGUGUAAAGGAUGUGCUCGACUUUGAUGACCCUGAUGUUGGAUCUCUUGACCAGCCGAAGAAUGAUGAAUCUAAGGUUGCCGAACAAGAGAGAACUAGUCCAAAUAAUUUGGCGGCGCAGGAAAAUGACAUGCGAGACGGUGGUAAAUCUCAGUGUAUGAGCUCUAAACAUAGCGAUUCCGCUGACUGGGCCCCAUAUGCAGGUUGGAGUUCAGAUGAGGACUCUCCAUCACCUGGCAAGCAGGAUAAAUGUGCCAGUCAGUAUCAGCCCCACCUGCGUUUCCAAAUCACCAGUGAGGAUGGUUUUAGCGUAGAAGCCGACAACAUGGAUGUGGCGUGGACGGCAGUAAUGGAUGGUGUCCAGGAGGCACGGAUACGCUGUCGGCUGGAGCAGUUGCCCAUCAGCAGGGUAAGCGGUGCCAGGGUGCUGGGUGUCCUCCAUGAUGCUGUGCUCUUCCUGCUGGAGCAGCUGCAAGGUGCUUCCCUCUGCCAGAAACACCACUUCCGUUUCCACCAACAUGAAGUGCCAGAAGAGGUGCUGCCAAUCAACCCCAGUGGCUGUGCCCGCGCAGAGGUCUAUGUGCGAAAAUCUACCUUUGAUAUGUUCAAUUUUCUGGCGUCACAACAUCGGCAGCUUCCUGAGUCUAGGCCAUGUGAUGAUGAAGAGGAUGAUGUUAUGCUCAAAUCCAGCAGACGAGCGACAAGUACGGAGUUGCCAGUGGCUAUGAGGUUCAGACACUUGGAGAAAACCUCCAAAGAGGCUGUGGGAGUUUACAGAUCUGCUAUACAUGGUCGAGGUCUUUUCUGCAAGAGGAACAUCGAGGCUGGGGAGAUGGUGAUCGAGUAUGCUGGCAAUGUCAUUCGCUCAGUUCUCACAGACAAAAGGGAGAAAUACUAUGACAGCAAGGGCAUCGGCUGCUACAUGUUUCGCAUUGACGACUUUGAUGUGGUAGACGCCACCAUGCAUGGAAACGCGGCACGGUUUAUCAAUCACUCCUGUGACCCUAACUGUUACUCGAGAGUCAUCAAUGUGGAGAACCAGAAGCACAUCGUUAUUUUUGCCCUGCGGAAGAUUUACCGCGGAGAGGAGCUCACCUACGACUACAAGUUCCCAAUUGAAGAUGCAAACAACAAAUUGCAUUGUAAUUGCGGGGCCCGGCGCUGCCGACGCUUCCUGAACUAAGGUCGUUGUGGUUUACUCUGGCACAUGGGUGGGAAAAGGAGGUUUGUGAGGGGAUAUUUUGGUAUGGGUGGCUAUUUUUGAAGGAAGACACUCAUUACAGGUGCUUAAGGGUACGGCGAUGAAGGAAACGCCAUAUUGAUAUUGAUUGGCCAGGUGUGUAACGUUUUUAGACCACCAGCACAUCUUGAUUGGUUAUCUCAUAUGAGCUAUAUUUCCUACCCCAAAAUUCGACAACCUGGAAAGUCCUGGACUGGAUAAGGCAGAUGAUCGCUUUGAUUUAACAAUUAACCUCAAACAAAUACCCUUUACUUAAAUACUUCACCUGUCCUUAUGCUACUUAUUUCCCAGCAUGCCUUUCAAAUCUUGCCACUGGUGACUGGUAAUGCAGUAGAUCUAUUCUGGAAGGAUCUUUUAGCUGUCAGAACUAAUGUACAGAGGUUUUCAUAGUGGAAGAUACCCUAAAGUUUGAAAGGGUGUGAUUAUUUUUGCUACUGAAUCAGAGGAGUUCCUGUGAUGGGUCGUCCUCAACAGCACCUUAAUAAUCUUUGCUCUUUUUUUCCCCCCAGAAAUGUUAGCAUUGUAUAUAUUCUCCUUAACAGAUGUACAAUCUUGCCACACAAUGUAGUUUGUAAACAGGGCGCUUGUAUGUUUCCAGAACAUUUACAUUUGUAUAUUUCAGUGUUUUUACAUGGGUGCAAAUGAAUGCCUCACUUAGAACACGCUUAUUUUUAAAAAAAAAAAAAAAAAAAUGAAACAAAACAAAUUCCCUUGACUGCAACAUUAAUUUAAGUUAGAGUACCUUUGCUCUGAAUGCAUAUACAGACAGUUUUGCAGCAUUCUGGGUCAUGUAUACAUUACCUUUCUUCAUAAGACUUCACCCAAAGCCCAAUUUUUGAUAAAUUAGUUUUAAGAACCCACUGUUUUUAUGUGCUUUUAUAUCUCAAGGCCAGUCUGUUGGGGGUUUGUUGUAAUAUUAUCUAUAUUAGGAUUACUUGUGCAGUGUUAAACGUUCAAAAAAAUCCCAUCCUGAUCAUAACACGCACAAAUAUUAAUGGAAAAUACGAAACCAUACUUAUGAAUGGCGGGUUUAGCUUGAAACAGCCGACUUGCUUCUAAUAGCCAUGUGUUUCUUUCGAUACCUUUGCUCAUGCAGCACGUUUAGGCCAACUCUUGUCUCCAUUUCAGUCGACUACCUCAGUAGCUCAGUAAACCAGUGACAGCUAGUGAAGUUACAGUGCAAACAAUAGUAAAAAUUAUGCUGGGAUAAUCCCGCACUAGCUUUGAUUUUAUGCAACGUGACUGUAGGGGUUGUUUGUUUCAUUUGUUUGUUUUUCCAGUGAAUUCCUGGAUCCCUCUUCCCUUGUGCUUUUGUACAGAAUUGAAGUGUGCUUAUUAAAAAUGAAGACUGAGGCUUGAUUCCAUCACUGAACGUGAACCAACUCAAAGUGAAACUUUGUGCAUAGUUGUAUACAAGAAUUUCUAAAUCUGUUAAAUUUUUCUACGCACUUUUUUUUUUAUUUAUGAUGUUCUGUACGUAAUAAAGAUACAAAGAUAUUUGAACGGA